UUGAUAGGUGUUUCCUCAAUUUGACAGGAUAAGAUCAUAAAGUCAACCAAAGUCACUCCAGAAUAUCUGAACAAGAAAGGGGAAAUGAAGCUGAUUUUCUUUCUUCUUGUCCUCUUGAAAAGCGGAAUGAAUUCAACAGAAGGACUCAGCGUGCUUUCUUCAUCAGAGAGAAUUAUUUUAAAAUAUUUAUUUAACCCAUCCUAUCAAAGUCAUGAAAGAUUUUGCUGUAAGCUAAAUCGGUCAAUGUGCUACCUCUUUGUGAAUAAUAAAGGACAAUUUACGCCCAUGUAUCAAGGAAGAAUAUUCAUCACAAAUAAUAUUGGAGAAUUUGAAGUAAUAAUUACAGAUCUGAGUCUAAUGGAUGCUGGCACGUACGGAUGUGGUUUCAGUGGGUUCCCUAAAACAUAUGAGUUUGUGGAAGUCACCGUUUCUGUAGAUCUGAGUGGGGUAAACACUGCUGCUCUCUUGCCAAAAUCGGCCAUUAAACCAGCCGUCUGGCCGUCUUCUUCUCCCUCUGCACCCACUGUUUCUGAGAGUGACGCAGAGACCCUCGGUGACAGCUGGAGAACAUACUACAGUCUAGCUGCUGUUUUAAGUGGUCUGGUGUUUGCUGUCAUCUCAAUGAUACUGCUCGUGUAUUUUCUAAAGACCAGGAGGAAAAAAUCCACAGAUAAAAGUGAAAUCUGUGGUUCUGCUAACGCCACCCUGGAGCAGGACGGCAUUAUCUAUUCUAUGGUGGAGUUUAAGCCCCACCAGGAUCCAUCUGAACUUUAUGCCAAUUUGCAGAUACACAGCCCAAAAUACGCCAAUGCUUCUUCAAGAUGUACGGUCACAGUAAAGGAAACCGUAGAAUAUUCCACUAUUAUGAGAACAUCAGCAUAAACAAUUGCAGUGUUUGUGUUCAAUGUAUUCAAUGCUAUGAUUUGUUAUUUUUGUUUUAUUUGAGGGAUUUGUUUCUUACAAGAUUUUUAAAUCUAUAUUUUUAAUGCAACAUUGUACUGAUAUAUAGUAAUUAUUUUAUUCUUGAAAAUGACAUUAUGAUGAUUAAUGCCAGAAACUUUCUAUAUAGUAAAAUGUGUAUUAUUUAAAAAUGUGUUUCUCUUUACUCAAUUUGAAGUGAACAGUUUGGGUUUUUGACUCGUGUGGGUGUUUGACUUAGAAACACACAGGACGGGAAUUUGUGAUGCAAUAAUUAUAAUUGCAAUACUUUUGUUUUGGAUGAACAGAGAACAUUUCUAUCAUAAAUCUCUGUUCAGAUGUUGAAAUAGGUUAAAACCAGUUUUUGCAAUCCAGUACUUUAUAGGCAGCAAAAUGAAGGCCAAUCUAGAAAUAGUCUUUGAGCGAGCCAACAUAAACAGAUAUGGUGACACAUGUUAUGUAGUGUAUUAUGUUAGUAUCAAAUAGGAUUUAAAGGAUACUGCAGUAAUCAAGGACACUCAACUGAAUCCAGACUACCAGUUUACAUAAACCAUACCAAUAAAUUCAGCAAUGACAUUUUAUGGCACUCUUGCUUUGCCUUCAUCCAGGUCCUAGGUAGGCAGUUUAUUGACCUGUUCAUGUUGAUCUGCCAGCAGGUCUCAGAAGUGAAGAGAAUCCACUGCAUUUACUACAGAGUUCAGAGGAACUUUCAAGUCAUUUUUUUUAAUUGAACUGAAACUAGAUUGAGAAAUGAUUAACCUGGUAAUACAGAACAGUUAGAAACUGUUAAA